AUGGAUCAUAAUUUAGAUGAGAACGAGAGCCUAAGGGCUCGGGUUAAACAACUCGAACAUGAGCGUAAUGAACUGCAGAAAGAUAUUGAACAGUUGUGCAUGCAACAAGCUGGACCUAGCAUUCUUGGUGUGGCUACUCGGAUGCAUUUCCAGAGGACAGCUAGCUUGGGGCAGGAGAUAGAGAGCUUAAAAAUGAAGUUGGCUAAUUGCGCAAGAGAGAAACACAAUCUUCAAGAGGAACUUGCAGAAGCUUACCGGGUCAAAGCUCAGUUAGCAGAUUUACAUGCUGGAGAAGUAUCAAAGAAUUUGGAAGCAGAGAAUCAGGUUAGGUUUUUUCAGGGCUCGGUGGCAGCUGCCUUUUCUGAAAGGGAUAAAUCAGUUAUGGAGGCUGAGGAAGCUAAAGACAAAGCUGAAAGGAUGUCACAUAAACUUGGUGAAAUUGAGAUGCGGUUAGAAGAACUCAGCUCCGAUUGUCUUGUACAGAAGAGACUAAAUGACACAUUGCAAGCUGACGUGGCAAAACUUGAAGAACAGACUAAAGUCUAUGCAGAGGUGAUUGAGAAGUUCUAUGAUAUCCGUAAAGCGUCGCUCUGUGAGUCCCUUGAAGUGAAUUUGCAUGACAAGUGUGCAAGUUUGUUGGAGGAUCCUAAGGAAUCAUGGACUUUUAAUGAUCCUUCAACAUCAGAAUAUGUUGCUGCACUUGAAGGAGAGUUGGGGAAGGUCAAGAACACUGUGGAUAAUCUUAAAAGUAAACUACGAGUUGGCUUAGAAAUUGAGAAUCAUUUGAAGAAGAGGGUUCAUGCUUUGGAAAACAAGAAUAUUGUUGCAGAUGGGCUGAUUGUAAAUGGAAUUACAGAUGUGCGCCAUCAUCAUGUUCAACUGAGGGACUACAUCAUUAAUUUACUGAAUGAGGAAGGACUAUUCAUUAAAUCGAUUUUCAAAGAUCUAGAGGAGAAACUUAAACUUGGUUCAUCGGAAAUACAGAAUAUAGUGUCACUGCAACAUGAUUUGAAGCCAGAUGAAUCUGAAUGCCGGGAUGUGCAUAUAACCACAGCUGUUGAUUCUUGCCAAGUAAUUAAGCAUGAGGAACCUAGUUUUGCCAAAAUCACUGCUGAAAGUAGAGCUGUUGCAUCUGAAGCCAUUGCACAAGCAUUAGAAGAGAAGCUUGAGGAACCUAUUUCCACCAAAAUCACGGAUGAAAAUAGAGCUGAUGCAUCUGAAGCCUUUGCACAAGCACUACAAGAGAAGGUUGGGGCUCUUUUACUUUUAUCACAGCAGGAAGAAAGACAUUUACAUGAAGAAAAUAUCAAUGUAGCUCUCCAACGGAAAGUAGAUGAGCUUCAAACGAAUGUCUUGCAGGUUACCAACGAAAAGGUGAGAACGCUUAUGGAGUUAGCACGAGUACGACAGGAAUAUCAAUCGCUAAAAGAGUACGAUACCAUCCUGCACUUAUAAUUUUUUAUCUCUCUUCUGUUUCAAAGUCAGUGACUUACUUUAUUGUAUUACUGAUUACUCGUACCUGCCAUGGUAGUGACAUUUGUACGGUCAGAACAAUUAAAGAACAGUGCCAGAAGAUUAGUUCUGUUGUAAA